CCUCUCCCCACACCGCGCGCCGCGCGCACCCCCCUUGCCUGCCUUGCCACUGCCAGCCCGCACCUCAUCCAUCGCCUCCUCCUCGAUCCCUCUCGCUCGCUAGCUUAGCAUCCUGCAUGCAUGCAGCGCAGCGGCCGAAACCGCCCAAAAUUCCCAGCGCAGAUCGCUCGCCUGCCUUGCCUGCCCGUCCGCCUAACCGACACCGCAACAAACCACAGCCACACAGCUUCUCUCUGUUGCUCGCUUUACUGUGCGUGCUGUAUAUACACCCGGUGGAUGAGGGAUCUAGCUAACUAGCUUAGCUAGACAGCGUGUGUUGGUGGUGGUGGUGGUGUGUGUGUGUGUGAGGAGGGUGAUCGAUCGAUCGAGCGAUGGAGAGCCCGGACUCGUCGUCCGGCUCGGCGCCACCGCGAGUACUACGGCGGCAACAGCAGCAGCCGGGCUCGGCGCCGGAGCUGCCGCCGGGGUUCCGGUUCCACCCGACGGACGAGGAGCUGGUGGUGCACUACCUCAAGAAGAAGGCCGCCUCCGUUCCGCUCCCCGUCACCAUCAUCGCCGAGGUCGAUCUCUACAAGUUCGAUCCCUGGGAUCUCCCCGAGAAGGCGAACUUCGGGGAGCAGGAGUGGUAUUUCUUCAGCCCGAGGGACCGCAAGUACCCGAACGGGGCGCGGCCGAACCGGGCGGCGACGUCGGGGUACUGGAAGGCCACCGGCACCGACAAGCCCAUCAUGUCGUCGGGGAGCACCCGCGAGAAGGUCGGCGUGAAGAAGGCGCUCGUGUUCUACCGGGGCAAGCCACCCAAGGGCGUCAAGACUAACUGGAUCAUGCACGAGUACCGUCUCACGGACACGUCUAGCUCCGCCGCCGCCGUCGCUACGACCAGGCGGCCGCCGCCGCCCAUCACCGGCGGUAGCAAGGGCGCCGUCUCUCUCAGGCUGGAUGACUGGGUGCUGUGCCGCAUAUACAAGAAGACGAACAAGGCCGGUGCGGGGCAGAGGAGCAUGGAGUGCGAGGACUCCGUGGAGGACGCGGUGGCCGCGUACGCGCCGUCGUCGCAGCAGCAUGCCACGGCUGCUGCUGGCAUGGCCGGUUCGGACGGCGCCGGAGGAGUUGCUGCAGCGCACGGCGGCGACUACAGUUCACUGCUCCAUCACGACAGCCACGAGGACACCUUCCUCGUAAACGGCCUGCUCACCGCGGAGGACGCCGCCGGCCUCUCGACCGGCGCCAGCUCUCUCAGCCAGCUCGCCGCGGCGGCGAGGGCGGCGGCGACACCGUGCGACGCCACCAAGCAGCUUCUUGCUCCGUCUCCAACCCCAUUCAACUGGUUCGAGGCAUUCCUUCCACGGGCCAAGGAGUUUCCUAGUGGGCUAAGCAGGAGUAGCAGAGACAUCGGCGACAUGUCGCUGUCAUCGACGGUGGACAGGAGCCUGUCUGAGGCUGGCGCCGUGGCCAUUGACACCGGCGACGCCGCCAAUGGCGCAAACACUAUGCCUGCAUUUAUCAAUCCUCUCGGCGUGCAGGGUGCAACCUACCAACAACACCAAGCCAUCAUGGGUGCCUCGUUGCCAUCGGAGUCAGCAGCAGCAGCAGCCGCCUGCAAUUUCCAGCAUCCGUUCCAACUCUCCAGGGUGAAUUGGGAUUCCUGAAUAAAAGGUGCCGGCAUUAUGCAUACACAUAUAUGCACAUGCAUACAUGCAUGGCUUUUCAAGUAGUAGCACAACAUUACUAGUAAUUAAUCACACUAAUGUGUGUGGCAGUCGCAUUCAGUGAGCACUGAUCGAGUAGUUGCAUGAACACAACACUAAUGCAUGCACUACAUAUAUAUGGCCGCAUUGCUCCUAGGGCACGUACCUGUACGAACUAGGUAAGUGACCUAACCAGCUAGAUCAUGUUCAGAAUAAGGAGAAGAAGCCGCAUGCAAACACGUAGAUCAUAUGGCUUUGCCUUCACAUGCGUUUGCAUCAUAUAUAUCGCAUUCAGAAAGUAGUGCUGCAGCUAACACAUAGAUAUGGUGUUAGCUUCAUGCGUUUGUACCAUAUAUAGCGGAUGCAGAAAGUAGCUAGUUGCACUGUUCAUCAUUAUCCCAUGAGAUAUGAACUUUAUAUACCUUUGGGGUUGCCCUUCUAAAGUCAUGCAUCUAGAGCCCCCCUGGUAAUAGCAUGCAUUGAUGUUUCAUGCGCACAUAUAUAUAAUUGAUAUAUAUCCUUGUAUAUACGUAGGAGUAAUUCGCUGAUAGAACGGCACUUACAUAGUACGCUGUACUGUACAUGUAAACAAAAACUUACAUAUUAUAAGAAAAAACGAUAUUAUAGA